GUUCUCGACCUCCAUCUAGGUUAGGUGUGUAGAUAGGUAUUAGGGUAGGUGUUCCCCAUAUCAUAUCGCGGAGAGCGACUUCUUCGCAUUUAGCCCCCAGACGCCAAUUUGUGUGGCUUAUUGACUUUUUUUUACCACCUCGACUCCGAUUUUACUUCCUCUUUUCUUUUUCUCUAUCUCGCAUUUUCGAAUCAUAUAUAUCAACCUACCUACCCUAUCUAUAUAUUAUACCUCCUAGCUACCUGGUUAGAUAUUCACCCAGCCACCCAGCCACCCACCACCACCACAAUGGCAUUCCGGCUCGCCCUACGCCGCGGCCCCAGCGCCUUCUCUCCCGCCUCGGCCUCGGCCUCGUUCGCAGCACGCCGCUUCUUCCACGCCACGCCGCGCGCCUUUGUCAAGGUCGGCGAGCCGAUCCCUAACUUGGAGGUGCUGCAGGAGGGGUCCCCGGGCAACAAGGUCAACCUGGCGCAGGAGUUCGAGGCGGCGAACGGGGUGAUCGUCGGCGUGCCCGCGGCGUUCUCGGGCGCGUGCUCGGAGAAGCAUAUCCCGAGUUAUAUCCAGAGCCCGAAGCUGAGGGACGCGGGGAGGGUGUUUGUCGUUAGUGUUAAUGAUGCUUUUGUUAUGAAGGCAUGGGGCGACCAGCUUGAUCCCACGCACGAGUCCGGUAUCCGAUUCCUGGCUGACCCCGCCGGCGAAUUCACCAAGGCCCUAGACCUGGGCUUCGACGCCCCGGCCAUCUUCGGUGGCAUGCGGGCCAAGCGCUACGCUCUGGUCGUCGAGGACGGCAAGGUCAAGUCCGUGCAUGUUGAGCCGGAUAACACUGGGACCAACGUUUCCAUGGCCGACAAGGUUCUGGGCUAGAUGUAGGUAUUUCUACGGGGUAGGUGAUAUGGAUGGGCUAUUAAAAGAUAUCGUCCCGAGGCGCGUGGAACACUACGGCCAUUUGUAUAUAAUGGAUACGAUGAUUUGAUGACACUUUUGCGUUUUGCUCCUGACCUCGUUAGGUACUCUACCGUAGCCUGUGCUGGCUUAAUUACUCGAAGUAAAUGCGUAUAAUAGUAUAUCUUGAAGCCAUGAUACUAGUCUAAGGGGCC